UGACCCCCCCCCCGCCUUCCCUUUUAUGGUCUGCGUUUCCUUCCUGGGGGGCUCAGUCGGACGAGGAGCGCUGAGCCGAGCGGAGCGCAGAGCGCAUCCAUCACGCGCGGCUCUUCCUCUCCGCACAGACGAUGCUGAUCGCCUCGUCUCGCGGGACACGCAGGAUUUGUACGCCCCGCCCCCCCGACCACCGCCGCGUGGCGUCUGCUCCUCUUUUCUUCCGCUUCCCCAGCCGGUCAGCGUGUGGAAUGGUCGGCGUGUGUCUCUCCGCGGUCGUUUCCACUUCAGCAUGGGUACUGCGGUGUCCAAAAGGAAGAACCUGAGGAGCGACGCGAUAUCUUCCGUGGCCGCAAAAGUCAGAGCAGCCCGAGCUUUUGGAGAAUACCUGUCCAGCACCAAUCCAGAGAACCGCAACGGAGCAGAUCAAUUAUUAUCUGACACUUUCCCCAACCAGGACUGCGACUCCCCGGCCGUCAGCCGCCUGCAUAAUAACAAUCUGGCAUCACAGAUCCGCUGCCUACCCAUAGCUAAACCCAACCAGUCCAGCCCGUCCGAUACCGGUGCUGCUCCACAUUCUCAGCCUCAGGGGAAAAAACAACAAGCGCCCUUGUGCCCCUCCAAACGUCGGCUCUCGGCUGGGCGCAGCCACUCCACGGAGGACCCGCCGAGGGCCCGAGGUCCAGGGGAGAGUGCGCCGGUGAAGCCAGCCCGGGUGUACACCAUCACCAGGGAAGGAGGGAUGACCCUGGGGGGCCGAGGCAGCGAGGAGAGUGUGGAGCUGGAGGUGUUGAAGGGUCCCAGGGAGCAGCCUCCGACCCAGGCGCCGGCCGACCAAGACCCGUCCUGCACCAGCCAGCCGUCCGCCGCCCGCGGCAGCCAUCACCGUGGCAGCCAUCACCACGGCCACCAUCACCAUGGCCACCAGCAUCACGGAGGCCUGCCGCCGCAGCCGCUGCAGAGCUCGGGUAGCGCCGGCAACAUCCAGAACUGGGGGAUGAGGAGAGGGGCUUCGCGCGAGGACAACACGCCCAAUUGUGUGGCCUGCAUUCGGGCGCCGUGUACAAGCCAGCGCUCCUUGGACCUGGACCCCUCACCGCAGGAUGGGGGGAAACCCCGCAAGAAACUGGAGAGGAUGUACAGCGAGGACAGAGCGUCGACCGAUGAUAGGGAGGACAAUCCUAAUAGCUGGUUCCCCAAAGAGAAUAUGUUCAGCUUUCAGACAGCCACCACCACCAUGCAGGCAAUAUCGGCUUUCCGAGGCAUUGCUGAGAGAAAGAGGCGGAAAAGAGAGCAAGAGGCAGCCACCAUGAUGGAGAGAAAUUUCCGCAAGCACCUCAGGAUGGUGGGCAGCCGCAGGAUGAAGGUCCAGACCUUUGCCGACCGCCGGGCCAAGAGCUUCAGCCGCUCGUGGAGUGACCCGACACCCGUCAAGCCCGACUCAAUGCAUGACUCCAGAGACAGUGGCGAGCUUCAGAGCUCCUCAGGGACUCUAGAUGAAGGGCCUGAUGAGGAUGCCGACUGGGAUGAUGAGAGGGAGAUGGAGAGGGUCGCUUGUGAAGCAGAGGACUUCAUCCCACCUAAAAUCAUGCUAGUUUCCUCCAAGGUUCCAAAGGCUGAAUAUGUCCCUAACAUCAUUCGUAGGGACGACCCCUCCAUCAUCCCCAUUCUUUAUGACCAUGAACGUGCCACGUUUGACGACAUCCUCGAGGAGAUCGAGAAGAAGCUGGCGGCCUACAGGAAAGGCUGUAAGAUCUGGAACAUGCUCAUUUUCUGUCAGGGAGGACCUGGACAUCUGUACCUGCUGAAGAACAAAGUGGCCACAUUUGCGAAGGUGGAGAAGGAAGACGACAUGAUCCAGUUCUGGCGGCGGCUCGGCAGGCUGAUGAGCAAGCUGAACCCAAAGCCCAACCUCAUUCACAUCAUGGGCUGCUACGUGCUGGGCAGCGCCAAUGGGGAAAAGCUGAUUCAGACUCUGAAGAGGCUGCUGGGACCCUCCUCCGUCGACUUCAAGUCCCCACUAGAGCUGUCUGCAGAGGGCAAAGAGAUGAUCGAGAUGUACUUUGACUUCCGUCUGUUCCGCCUGUGGAAGAGCCGCCAGCACUCCAAGCUGAUGGACUACGACGACCUCCUGUGACCCGACGCGCGUUCUGUCGGCUUUUGAAGCAGUUAUCUCACGUGCGAGCCUCGCUGUUCGGCGGACGGGGCGAUUUGGUUGAAGGGACCCGUCCCGGGAGUCUCCCAGACGGGGCUCCGCGGGCGAAGCUGGAGCGGUUUACCAGCGCAGUUUGGGUCUUUUUGCCUACCCCAC